UGUACUGCCAACAGCAGUUUAAAGCGACGCUGCUGGAUCGGGAGCCAGUGUAUCCAACCUAAAACUAACUUCACCGCGGAGACGCACACUCAUGUACCUGCACUUUAUUUUAAUUAUUUGCCAUGGGAUCUAAAGUUAGCUUAGUUAUUAAAAAAAAAAAAAACAACCUGCGAUGAACUUUGUAACGUGUUGUUAGAUACCGCCCCUACCGACGACACGUGACUCUAACAACUGCAAGGAAGUGAUACUAUCACCCUAAACUGCAACAACAACAACAACGCUAAGCUUAACGGUACAGUCUGAAGGCAAUAUGAAUUUGGAGGAAUACUUUAAAAGAAUUGGUUUCCAUGGCUCAUAUGAUAAACUGGACCUUGCAACACUGAAGUUGAUCCACAAACAGCACAUCAUGUCAAUUCCAUUUGAAAACCUCAGCAUCCACUGUGGAGAGAGGAUCAUCCUGGACCUUGAGGUCAUUUUCAAUAAGAUAGUGAGGAGCCACCGCGGGGGCUGGUGCCUUGAGAACAACUCCCUGUUUGGCUGGGUGCUGAGAGAAAUGGGUUACGACACUACGACACUGGGCGCCAGGGUUUUCUCCAGCACUAGUAACGAUUUCUUACCCACCGAAACUCAUCUGAUCAACAAGGUCGGCAUUGAUGGAAAGGCUUAUAUAACAGAUGUAAGCUUUGGGGUGUCUUCCCAAAUAUGGGAGCCCCUGGAGCUCGUCUCUGGAAAGGACCAACCUCAGGCAGCAGGUGUCUUUGGCCUUAUAGACAGGGGGGACAUCUGGGUGCUGGAGAAAACUGGAAGAAAGCAGGUGGUACUCAAUCCAGAUUUUGCAAAAUCAAGUCUGGUGAGCACGAAGGAAACAAAGCAGAUCUACGGCUUCACCUUGGUGCCUCGGGAGGUCAACCAUUUCUUUGAAACAAACCACACACUCCAGACAGAUCCUACUUCACUGUUCACCAAUAAGUCCAUCUGCUCUUUGCAAACUCCAGCAGGAUUCAGAGCUCUUGUGGGCUGGACCUACAGUGAGGUCACCUACAAACCCGAGGAAGGUGUUGACGUCUUAGACAUGAGAGACAUAACAGAUGAUGAGAUAAAGCAAAUUCUGAGGGAAAAGUUUGACACAAAGCUGCAGAACAAACUGCAGCCUGCAAACAACAAAGCAUGCUACACAAUCUAAAAAAUUGGACAUAUUCGGUUUUCUAAUUGACCUGAAAUGACGUCACAGCCUGUUUUCAUUUAAUGAUGAUCAACCAGUAAAAAAUGAUGAAACUGCUUUUUACAUUUAUUUUUAAAAAUGGAAACCAUGCAAUUGUAUUGCAGCUGAGAAAAGUAGAAUGGACAACAUGUUUUGAUUUAUGUGUAAGAGCAAAAUAUCCUGAUCAAUGCAAAAAGCAAAUAUGCUGUUCUUAAGUAUCACUAACCAAAGAAAAGUUAUUUUCAAUCCUAGAAAAUCUACACUGUUUUUUGCCAUUAUUUUAUGCUUUUGUACCCUUCCUAUACCAAUAUAAUCUGCUAAGAUUCAAAUGGUAGUUUAUCCAGUUAUAGGUAAUGAUAAUGUCAACUGUUAUGCCAAGAUAUUCCAGAUUCUCAUCUUUACUGUGCACUUAAAGUUCAUGCUCAUCAGGUUUUGUAUAUUUUUCUUCUGAAUUAUGGCUGAGCCUGUAAUUUUAUAAGUGAGUUGGAGUAGAAAGAGAACACUUUGAUGAUCCUCUCAAAGAGAAGGAGUAGACUGUUGAAAGAAAUUGGUUUGUUUACAUAAUCAAUGCCCACUGCGUUCAUUUGACUCACAGUAUACUUGUACAACCUAUGUAUGUUCAUUUUAAUCGUAAGAUAAUAUAAAGCAGAGAUUAUCAGAAAGUAAGUUAACAAAGAAAGCAAGAAGAUCAUCUUGAUCUGUGCAUACCAGAUGUAAGAGUAAAAACAGGUAAAAAGUUAAAACCAAGCCAAGCAAAGGUACAGGUCGGUAAGAGUUUCAGUUAUAUAAUGUAAUUUCCUUGUGUUGAUAUAUCCGGGUUACACUGUUAAGUACUGUAAUGGCACAACGUCCAGUUAUUAAAUUCAUAACCAAUCAAACACU